GUCAUCUUCUUUUUUCUUGAGAUCUGUUUUUUUCAGUUUUUCUACUGCAACUUCUUUGUUUGAUCCAAUGGCGAUUCCAGUGAUUGACUUUUCAAAGCUUGAUGAUGGAGAGGAGAGGAGUAAGACAUUGUCUCAGAUCGCAAAUGGGUGCGAGGAAUGGGGAUUCUUCCAGCUGGUGAACCAUGGGAUCUCGGAGGAGCUCUUGGAGAGGGUCAAGAAGGUGUGUUCUGAGUGCUACAAGCUGGAAAGAGAAGAAACUUUCAAGAACUCAAAGCCUGUGAAGAUGUUGAAUGACUUGGUCGAAGGGAAGAGCAAUGAGAAGUUGGAGAAUGUGGACUGGGAAGAUGUCUUCACUCUUCUAGAUGACCAAGACUGGCCAUCCGAAUCACUCGAAUUCAAGGAAACCAUGGCUGAAUACCGAUAUGAAUUGAAGAAAUUGGCUGAGAAAUUGAUGGAAGUAAUGGAUGAGAAUCUAGGGUUACCCAAAGGUUACAUUAAGAAAGCACUCAAUGGUGAAGAUAAGGCCUUCUUUGGGACCAAGGUCAGCCAUUACCCACCUUGCCCUCAUCCUGAGCUUGUGAAUGGCCUUCGCGCCCACACAGAUGCUGGAGGUGUUAUCCUACUCUUCCAGGAUGACAAGGUGAAAGGCCUUCAAAUCCUCAAGAAUGGAGAAUGGAUUGAUGUGCAAGCAAUGCCAAAUUCAAUUGUCAUCAACACAGGAGAUCAGAUUGAGGUCCUGAGUAAUGGGUUAUAUAAGAGUGUCUGGCAUCGUGUAUUGGCCACCCCAGAUGGUAACAGAAGAUCCAUAGCAUCUUUCUAUAACCCUUCUUUUAAGGCAACCAUAGCUCCUGCACCUGAACUAAUCAAACCUGAAGUGACAAAAGAAGUUGCCCAAGUUGCUUACCCAGAGUUUGUUUUUGGUGAUUAUAUGUCUGUUUAUGCUGAACAGAAGUUCCUUCCCAAGGGACCAAGGUUCCAAGCUGUUGGACUUCUUGCUGGGGCCAUGUAA